CAGUAGCCAAAAGACCACUGGUUUAUCACUCUUUCUCCCAUCAACUCUUUGCUUCUUUUGAUCACUACUGUCUAUAUAUUCAGCAUUAGCCCCAAACUCCAGAUAUCAUCUUCAGUACCAUCAAAUCUACUACUACCAAAAAUUUCAGAAAAACAAAAGCUAGAAUUCAUAUAUCAAAACUGAAGCAGGAAAAAGAGGUUUUAGAAAGAAAAGCAUCAUGAGUACAAGCAAGCGAGCGUGGAUAGUAGCAGCCAGUGUUGGAGCAGUGGAAGCUUUAAAAGAUCAAGGUUUCUGUAGAUGGAAUUACCCUUUGAGGUCCUUUGCUCAGCACGCAAAGAAUAACAUGAGAUCUUACUCUCAAGCUAAGAAGCUUUCUUCUUCUUCAUCCUCACUAUUUGCAAGGAGCGACAAGGCUAAACAAUCUGAAGAAUCUUUGAGGAAAGUUAUGUACUCGAGCUGUUGGGGUCCCAACUGAUCUUAUUUUUCUUCUUAAUUAGAUUCCUUCAUCGUUAUUUUUUUUAACAGAGACCUGAAGAUUUUCAAGUUGAAAAUGAAAAAAAAAGGAAUGAUGUAGAAAAUGACUGUAAAUAGAAUUUAAAGGUCUUAUAUGUAAAAUUAUUUAUGAAUUACUGCGGAAAUUUUGAUGUGUUAA